AUGGAUUGCCACGAGCUUCUGCGCUUACACUCGCUACGCGCACACACCGCAGACUGCCUUUAUUCUCGCUUCCUUGCCAGCGGCGCUCUGGCCGUAUUUGGCCUCUUCACCUUGCUCUUCGCCGGAGACAAGUCGCGCAGAAGCAAGAAGCACGGUUUUGACAAAGACACGAGUUCUUUCCCGUUCACCAAUAACGAGUCGUACCGAGCCAAGAAGAAGAAGGUCAAGGGCAUCUAA